AUGGACAUUAACGUCACCGGAACUUGGAAUAUGGCAACUGAAGCGAUGAAAAGAAUGAUGACUCAAGAAAACAUCGAAGCGCCAGGCACCAUUCCGGGGUCAGUUCGCAGCGUAGGUCAAGGCUCUAUAGUCAACGUCGGAAGCGGUGCUUCUCUUCGUGGGGUAUCUGGGCUGGCGGCGUAUACUGCCUCAAAGCAUGCUGUUCUCGGCUUAACGCGUGCAUGGGCACGAGACUUCCCCAAGAUGCGUGUGAAUAUGGUUGCUCCUGCCGAAGCUACUGUUGCCGGUGCUCCGCAGGAUGAUCCAAGCGUCGUCAUUGGGAAAGCGCAAAUUGCGGCCAUACCAAAAGGCCGCAUGGCGUUUGCGACUGAUAUUGCGGACGCAAUCAUAUUUCUGCUGUCAGACUGGUCUAGCUUCAUUACUGGUCAAUGUUUGCCAAUCCGCAAACAUCAUUCGGCCCUUCUCAUGGAUCACAAACUUGCGACUGGAAAGGUCGCCAUCGUUACUGGUGCAGCUUCCGGCAUCGGAAAAGCUCUCGCGACAAACCUCAUCACCAAAGGAUGGCGCGUCGCAUGUUGCGAUCUCCAAAAAGAAGCCGGCACCGCCGUCGCUAGCGAGCUCGGCGACAACGCUGUGUUCUACGAGCUGGAUGUUUGCGAGUACGACGCGCAGGCGAAAGUCUUCAGCCAAGUAUGGGAUAGAUGGGGCAGGCUGGAUGCCUUGCUAGCCAAUGCAGGACAUUCCGACCGUAGCUCGAUUUACAUUUUCGAUCAUAGAGGCAAAGACGAAAUACCGCCAAAGCCUGCCCUAAAGUCUAUCAAGGCGUGCUACGAGAGCUUUUUGUAUGGUGUUCAGCUUGCCAUCCACUUCAUGCGAAGAAAUGUAGUGCCUGGAGGACAUAUUGUUGCGACUUCAACCAUCGCGUCGGUUCAUCCGCAUCAAACGUUCCCUGAGUACUGCGGAGCCAAAGCCGCGAAAGAGAACAUCGCCAUGAAUGCCGUGCUUCCGGGUAUUGUAAUAACAGGUGCCGUUCCGCAAGCAUCUAUCGACGCGACGAAGCCAGAGCACAUCACCCCCAUCGAGACAGUUGUAUCAGCAUACAAUCUAUGCCUGGACGACUCGAAGUUGAAUGGCCAACUAAUUGAAUGUUCUGGUAACAAGACUAUCGUCCUGCCUGUACCGAAGCUGGCCAAUGGUGCGACGACUAAAAGGGCUUGUACUGUGUGGGAGCCUCUCUUUGAGGCGAAGCACCAUGAGAGAUCCGGGUUACCAGAUGCAAUCCCGUAG